CAUUAGAAAUGUUGACACUUAACCUAUUAUGAGUAGUUUAUAUGAAAACAUUUAAUUUAAAAUAAACAUUUUAGUCAAAUAGCUAUAGGUGCCAUUAAUAUUUAAAAUGUCUCAGACCCAAAUAUCUAGUUCUCUAUGUCGUGUGUUCUGUAUUAGAAAAAUGCUUGAUAUAAAAUUGAAUUUACGUAAUAUCAGACACCAAAGUUCUAAUGUUAAAAAGAAAACAGCCAGCUCUGUUUACAAAACCAUGAACAUUUUUGAUAGGAAAGCGAAGGUAUUACAGAGGGAAAGAUCAGCGAGAAGCGAGGAUUACCAUUUAUAUGAAUAUGUUAAAGAAGAAAUCGGGUGGAGGACUGCGGACAGAAUAUUUGAUAUAAAACGAACAUUCAAAAAUGCUGUUGAGUUAGGUGCCGGACGGGGCUAUGUAUCUCGACAUUUCCUCCCCGACAGUGUCGAGAAGGUUACCCUCUGUGAUUCGUCACAGACACACCUGGAUAAGGCGAUUGUCGGCGAUGAUGUGAAGUUUGAGAAAAUUGUUAUGGAUGAGGAGAACUUUGAUUUUCCAGACAACAGUAUUGAUUUGUUUGUGUCAUCUCUGGCACUGCACUGGGUCAACGACCUGCCAGGUUGUUUCGACAAGGUCAUGCAGUGCCUAAAACCGGACGGGGUGUUCGUGGCCUGUGUCUUUGGUUCUGGUACUUUGAUGGAACUGCGGCAGGCUAUCCAGCUGGCUGAAAUGGAACGGCUGGGUGGUAUGCACCAGCACGUGUCACCAUUCACUGGCGUGCGGGACUUAGGAGGGCUGAUGAACGCUGCUGGAUUUACUCUCCAGACGGUGGAUGUAGAUUCUCUAACCGUCUGGUAUCCGUCCGGGUGGGAUGUGAUGAGGGAUGUGCGAGGGUCAGGGGAGGGAGCCGCGGCUGUCUCCAGGCCGGUGAGGCUGAGGAAGGAUGUACAGUUCGCAGCGGCUGCUAUUUACGACGAAAUGUACGGCAAGGAAAUCCCGGAGCGCAAUACAAGAGGAGUACCAGCUACCUUCCAGAUAGUCAACUUCCUCGGAUGGAAACCAGAUCCGUCGCAACCGAAGCCGAUGGAGAGGGGAUCUGGUGAAAUGUCGCUGAAAGAUCUACAUAGGAUUGACGAAAUUAUACAAGAAACUAAAAAAAUCGAUCUAACAGACGAGGAUAAGAAAUAAAUAAUUAUUUAUUAUA